AGAACAUGCUGUGAUAGAACAUGUUGUGAUAGAACAUGCUGUGAUAGAACAUGCUGUGAUAGAACAUGCUGUGAUAGAACAGGCUGUGAUGGAGCAUGCUGUGAUGGAACAUGCUGUGAUGGAACAUGUUGUGAUAGAACAUGUGAGCAAAACUUUAUGAGUUCUCGUUCCGCCUUUAAGGUUUUUUUAAACUUUAAGUGUUUAAUCACCUGAAACUGAGACUCGUGUUUUCGUAUCAGAUGGGAGGUCCGGCCUAUAGCAACCAGUUCAUGGCCCACUCCGGCCCCCGCGGCCCCCCUGGCAUGGCCCCCGGAGGUAUGGGCCCCGGGCCUGGACCUAGCAGGGGCCCUCCCUCAAUGGGCCACAUGUAUGGCCCUGGAGGGGGCCCCCAGAGGGUCCCACAGCACCCACAGCACCCUCAGCACCCUCAGCACCCACAACACCCUCAGCACCCUAACUACGGCCCAGGACCACAGCAGGGCCACCUGAGGCCCCCACAGGGCCUGAAACGGCCCUACAACUCUGAGUCUUUCCCAGGAAUGUCUCAGCAGUACGGCGGUCCCGUUGGUCCCAGCGUGAACGUGAUGUCGGGUCCCGGUGGCGCCGGCAGUUCAAUUCCCGGUUCAGGUGGAGGCGGCCACGGGGGCCACGGUUCGUACUCCAACCCCAACAUGCAGUACCAUCCAGGUCCCGGCGGUCCAGGCCCCGCCCCCCAGCGCUCUGGCUCCUCCCCCUCCUACCAGACCCAUAAGAUGUCCCUCCCACAGUACCCCCCAUCAGGACCACCCAACUCACAGUACUACAAGCAGGAGCAGUUUAAUGGUCAGAGUGGAGGUCUGAACGCCAUGACAGGAGGAGGCGCCGGAGUCUACAGCUCCUUCAACCAGCCGUCUGCGCCCGGUCGAGGGUUGCCAGGUUACCCCCCCUCUCCGGUUCCUGGAAACCCGACCCCCCCCAUCACCCCCAGCAGCUCCAUGGCCCCGCCUUACAUGUCGCCAGGCAGCAGUGACGUCAAGCCGCCGCCCUCUUCCUUCCUGCCUGACAUCAAACCCAACAUGGCCGGCCUUCCACCGCCCCCCCCUUCAGGCAACCCUAGCGACGACCUGCGGCUGACCUUCCCGGUGCGUGACGGCGUGGUCCUAGAGCCCUUCAGAUUAGAGCACAACCUGGCUGUCAGCAACCACGUCUUCCAGCUGAGAGACUCCGUCUACAAAACACUCAUCCUGAGACCGGACCUGGAGCUCCAGUUCAAGUGUUACCACCACGAGGAUCGACAGAUGAACACUAACUGGCCCGCCUCAGUCCAGGUGAGCGUGAACGCGACUCCUCUCACCAUUGAGCGAGGCGACAACAAAACUUCCCACAAGCCUUUGUACCUGAAGCAGGUGUGUCAGCCGGGCAGGAACACCAUCCAGAUCACCGUCACCGCCUGUUGCUGCUCUCACCUGUUCGUCCUCCAGUUGGUCCACCGUCCGUCGGUCCGGUCGGUGCUUCAGGGUCUGAUGAAGAAGAGGCUGCUGCCUGCAGAGCAUUGUGUCACCAAGAGUCAGUAGAACUUCUUCUUCUUCUUCUCUGUCUGUCUGCAGUGUUUUGAUCUGGAGUCGUACCUGCAGCUGAACUGUGAGAGAGGAACAUGGAGAUGUCCUGUGUGCAAUAAAACCGCUCUGUUAGAAGGUCUGGAGGUGGAUCAAUACAUGCUGGGAAUCCUCAUCUACGUUCAGAACUCUGAGUACGAGGAGAUCACCAUCGACCCGGUCUGUAGCUGGAAGCCGGUCCCGGUGAAGCCGGACCUCCACAUAAAGGAGGACCCCGACGGUCCGGUUCUGAAGCGCUGCAGGACGCUCAGCCCGAGUCACAUGGUGCUGCCCAGCGUCAUGGAGAUGAUCGCAUCGCUAGGCCCCGCCCCCUCUUCGGCCGCCUCCUCCCCGAUGCCCUACCCCCCCCUACCUGCAGGGGGUGGCGGCGCGGUGGACUACCCGGGACCAGCUCCGUCCUAUCCCAGUCAACACUCUUUCUCAGACUUCACUGGUCCUGGGACUCCGGGGGUCGGGGGGGAUUUCUCCUCCCCCGGCCCCCCCCCCCUCUCCUACCAGUCUGAGCUCUCCAGUGCCCUCCUCACCCCUGACAAACCCCCCCCACACCCACUGGCUGGACAGAUGUCUCUCUCGGGCCGUCUGGACUCCACUUCCCAUGGUGCUCCUCUCUCCCAGCAGCAGUCGCAGGGUCUCCACGGCAACCCCCAGAUGGGGGGGGGCAACAUGAUGAUGCAGCGUAGCAACCAGAACCCCCGUCUCCACGGCGACGGCUCCUUCGGUCUCGGGGGGGCGACGGAUAAUACUGAACCGUCUCUAGAUUUGCUUCCGGAGUUGACCAACCCAGACGAGUUGCUGUCGUACCUCGGACCCCCGGACCUCCCGAACACCAACAACAACGACGACCUGCUGUCGCUGUUUGAGAACAACUGAACACACACACACACACACACACACACACACACACACACACACACACUGUAAGAUAUGAACUCGUGGACGAUGAGAAGAAUCAGACUUUUCAAAGAAGGGAACUCUUCAACUUGUGACUAUUUUAUUGUUUUUUUAAUCCUCUGAAAUGUUUUCGGAUGCUUCGUCCUUCGUUUCCUCCUCGUCUCCUCGUCUCCUCGUCUCUCACAGGUUUUAUCAGCAGACGAGCCGUCAAACAUUCCUUCACAUCAGAGCCGGCAGAGGGAUGAUGGGAUUUGUAGUUUCAAACGUGAAGAUGAGCUUUAAAGAAAGUUGACACUCAGCCACAGCGUUAUUAUUAUUAUUUAGGUUUGAUUAUAAACCCGUUAUUAAUCUUUCACACGUGUGACAUUAUGUGGAAACAACAACAACAAACCUUUCCAUGGAAACGAGUCGUUCAUCAGAGGACGUCUCGGACCCAAACAGUCCAAAAGUCUUCUCUCACGUUUGUCCCUCUGCACAAGGACCAAUCAGAGACCAGGUCCUCAGUCACAGGAGGACCAAUCAGAGACCAGGUCCUCAGUCACAGGAGGACCAAUCAGAGACCAGGUCCUCAGCAGGACUGUCUCUGUGGUGUUUAGUUCCUCUUCUUCUUCUUGUGUGAAUAAGACUAAAGUUCAUCGUGAAGCUUCUUCUUCUACAGUCUUUGAGUUCAGAGGAAGUUCUUUGUGUCUCCUCCUUCUUCUGCCUUCAUAAUAAAUGUGAUUCUAAUUUAAAGAGUCCAAACACAACUUCCUGUCCUGGGAUGUCAUCACAUCUGAUAGAAAACCAGGAUCCUGAUCAACAUGAUCCGGUCCACUGUUUCCUUGUCUCCUCUCCCUCCUUUCUUCCUUUUCUGAUCCCUCUCCUUCCUUCCUCUCUUCUCAUUUUUCAUGCA